CCGUCCUACGCAAGAGCGACCACUUCCGAUCUGCAUGCGCUGGCUGUCGCUUGUCGCUGCGGCCGUCGGUCUGUUCCCUACGGCUUACGGCGCGACAUGCUCGUCGUCGAGUACGUGCAACCUGAACGUCAAGUGCUCGCUGCCAUUGACGCAGCUCAGCGUCGGUGACGCGACUACGUGCCAACAAGCAAGUACAACUUCGCCUUGCUUGUCCUGCGCCGGCGUGGGCCAGCAGUGCUACAACGCCCCCGAGUGCAAAGAUUCGCUCUUUUACUGCGAGUUUUUGACGGCAGCCCAAGUGGCUGCGCUGCCAGCAGGUCACCCGUGUCUGUCGACGGCGUGUCAACUGAGCAAGCAAAGUCCCGCGUGCAUUGCUUCCACGUUCCAAGCGUGCUGCGUGCCGGGCACACCGGGCUGCACCCAAACGGUGGCCACUUCGGGCUGCACGCCGAGCGGGUGCAGCUACUUCAUGGGGCAGCCGACCAUCACGCCCAACUACUCGGCGAUCGCGUGUCCAUUUGCAGACGCGUCGGCCACGUGUGCGACGCCGCAGUGCAACGCAUCGUCCAUCUUUCGCCAGAUCGUCAACGUGUUUGCGGCCAACAUUGGCUGCUCGGGCAGCUUUUGCAUUCCGGCGCUCAUUCCUGGCGUGUGCGCAGCCGGCGUCAACCUCACGGCGUCGACGACCGCGUCGUUUCCGGGCUGCACCAACUACUUGGUGGACUAUUGCAACAAGAACCCUUCCGAUGUCGGCUGCCACCAAGUGUGUCCGUACAACUGCAACCUCCAAGCCAACUGCCCGUGCAAGUCGAGUGCGUGCGCAGCCGUCAACGCGGCGCCGCUCUGCGUGCGCAACACUGGCGUCUGCGCCAACUUUCGCAAGCUCUUUGUCAACGCCAUGUUUACGCAGCGCUACUUCCAACCCGCGUCCGACAACUUGGCGUACGCCAAGAACCGCGCCGGACCGCCCACGACGCCGUUUCAGUGGUCGGCCAGCCUCACGCAGGCGCGCGCCGACUGCAACGCGCUCGUCACUGAUCUCGGCGACAACAUUGCGUCGUGCGUCACCACGUCGUUUGCCUACUGCAACGCCAAUCCGUGGGACCCGGCAUGCAAGAGUGAUCUGAGCGUCUGCGGUGACGGCAUUGUGUCGUGGCUUGAAACGUGCGACGAAGGACCGAACGUGACGGCGACCGGCGGCUGCACGGCGUGCAAGACGAAUCUCAACUGGGAGUGCUACGCGCAAGGCACGCCGUGCAAGCGCUGCCUGCACCAGACGGGCUACGUGCUCGACAUGCCCAACCCGGGCGUGUGUCCCUUCUGCGCCAACCUCCAGACCGGCAAUACGUGGCCCUGCGCCACGACGACGCCGUGUGCGGUGACGACGACGCUGCCGCAGAAGAUCGCGUGCGACAACUAUGUGCAAAAUCCGUCGACGGGUGACGUCGGCAGGGCAAACCUGCCACCAGUGCCAGCGGUAACAAAAGAAGCCGGCGCGACGCCAGCCCCCUUCACUUGGCCCUCGUACUUCCGACCGUGGGACCGCGACGUGAGCAAGAAGAACGACAAGAAGCCCUAG